AGCACUUCUAGUAUGUUUCCGUACGGCUGAAACAUUAACUUCUAAAUUUCUGGUACAUCUUGACGGUUUUUCGUUAAGGUUGGAUUCUACGAUGGACAGGGCAAUGGUCACCAUGAUGGGCACACUACCAAUGAUGGUCGUGGUAUACUGGGCGCUGCCUUGCUCAGCUAAAAAUGAUACCGCAGAAGAUGGGUGGAAGGACUUGGACCUCAAGGACAACAAAACUUUGAUGAUAGCGCAACAAGCUAUGGACUUUGUCAGCAACGCGGGCUUUGAGUACGAUUACGUCUUGGAAGUGCUGAGUGCUAAGUUCUCGGCAGAAGGAAACAGGCAGUACUACAUGAUGACGUUCACGACAGUCCAGGCGUACUGCAGUACGUACAAGCCGUUCGUAAGAGACAAAUGUACACCUAGGAGUAAUCUGCCCUCUGACCAGUGCACGGCCUAUGUAUUAAUGGUGCCCAAAGAAGAAUUCGUGCAGGUAACAAAAAUGGAAUGCCACGAAACAGAGCCACACGACAGCCAUCCCAAAGUAAAGGAUCAAUAA